AUGCCCGCCGCCAUAGAUCCCGCCGAUGACCUCGCCGCAGCCACCCAGCAGAUUACGCUUUCCUCCUCCGAUGCCGACUACAUCGAUCAGCUGGCCCCCCUGCUGAAAGAUGCUCGCAAUGAUGGAAACCGUGCAGGCCACAUCAUCCAGGCCUUGAACCAAGUCUCGGCCGCCCGCGAGUCCGAUAUUGAGCGCAUGUGCAACUCCAACCACCAGGAAUUCGUCAACUCAGUCAACCAGCUUCUGCGUGUCAGAGAAGGCACUGUCGAUCUGACUGCAGAAAUCCUGGAUCUGAGCCAGUCUAUUCAGGCCAGCACCGAGAAGCUUGCCGAGCAGAAGAAAGCCCUCGUCGACUCGAGGGGCGUGCGCCAAAACGUCGAUGAAGCCACCAAAGCGCUCAACGCCUGCCUGGAAGUUCUGCGUCUGGCCAACCAAGUCCACGACCUUCUUGCCAAGAAGAGCCAUUAUGCUGCCCUGCGCGCCUUGGAUGAGCUGCAGAAUGUCCAUCUGCGCGAGGUUUCCCGCUACAAGAUUGCCGAAAUGAUCGAAACCUCUGUCCCAGCGACUCAAAGACUCAUCGCUGAGGCCGUCAUGACAGAUCUGAACACCUGGCUGUAUCGUAUCAGAGAAGCCUCGCAGUACAUGGGCGAGGUCGCAUUCUAUCACACGGAUAUGCGCCGGACACGGCACGAGGAACGCAUCAAGCAGGACGAGUACCUCAACAAGUUCCGGUUGAACUCCCCCAUCGAACUCGUCGCCGAUGAGGGCGACGAGUUUGACAUCCUCAACGACGAUGAGACAGAGAUCAAGGUCGAUUUCUCUCCCUUGUUCGAGGCGAUGCACAUCUACGAAACCCUGGGCCGCAGCGACGAGUUCCGCGCAGAGUACGCAGCCACGAGAAGAAGACAGAAAGAACUGCUCAUUCCAAGCUCAUUGAAUCUUCUAGAUGAAGAAGACGGUGACUUGAGCAGCUUAUUGGAAAGUAUUGCAGGCUUUGCCAUCGUCGAGAGAACUACGAUGAGGAAGACUGAAAACUUGCGCACAACAGUCGAUGUUGAUGAGCUUUGGGACUCGAUGUGCCAGAGCGCCAUUGCGCUCAUCACAAACGCGUUACAUACCGUUGACAGCGAUGAGAAAUUGCUGAGAAUCAAGGGCCGGAUCGCCCUAUUCCUCCAGACCAUGGAGAGCUGGGAAUAUUCCGUUACCAGCAUCAAUGCCUUGCUUCUCACUUUGUUUGAGAAGUACUCGCAGCUUCUUAAGAAGCGCUUCAGCGAGGACUUCCAGGAGAUCGUUUCGACCGACGACUACAUGCCAAUGCCCAUACAAACCCCUGACGAGUACGAUAAAGUUGUCAAUGUCAGCUGGUACACGUCAGAAAAACCACAAGAGGAGCUCACCUUCCCUUGCGUACUGCCGUUCUCGCAGAUGUAUCCGCUCUGUUGCAUCGACAUCCGCAACUUCCUCAAUCAGAUGUAUCUAUUCUCUGACGACAACUUCCAGCGCUCCACCGUCAUUGACGAGACCCUCAAGAAGUCUCUGGACGACUUGUUGUGUGAGAAGGUUUGCCAGAUGCUGGUGGAUCGCCUUAGCUCGCAAUAUCCUGGACAAAUCGUCCAGAUUCUCACGAACUUGGAGCAUUUUGAGACGGCCUGUAAGGAGCUCGAGGUUCUCCUCUUCGAAGCUCGCUCAUCGAGCGCAGCCGCCGGUCCGAUCGUGCUGAACGCAACGGAGGCAUUCCGUGCUGGCAAGAAGACGGCCGAGAAACGUAUUUUCGAGCUGGUCAACAGCAAGAUCGAUGACCUGAUCGAGACAGCGGAAUACGACUGGGAAUCCACCAAGCCGGCGCCCGAGGUCAGCAACUACAUGCAAGAGCUGACGCGGUACCUCUCCAACAUCAUGAACUCGGUGCUGCUGGGGCUGCCCGCCGAGAUCAAGGAGCUCAUCUACUUCGACGCGCUGUCGCACGCGGGCGCUAUGAUCCUGUCGCUGCCGCUCGACGACUCGGUCAAGCGCAUCUCGCCGGCGUCGAUCAAGACGCUGUCGCAGGACGUCGAGUUCCUGUCGUCGUUUGUCGACACGCUGGCCAACCCCAUCCUGCGCGAGAACCUCGACGAGCUGCUGCAGACGGUCACGCUCAUGCAGACGGACGACCAGCUCGAGUUCUUCGACGUCUCGCAGCGCAACCGCAAGUACGGCCGCGUCGACCGCGAGCACGGCGCCAUCCUGCUCGAGAAGGUCACGCAGGGCCAGAGCGUCGUUGCCGACACCAGCAGGGCCGGCAAGCUCAUGAACCGCAUCGGCUUCGGCAGGGAUUGA